GUUCGGUUGUGAUUCAUUAACUUAUUUUGGUUUUUAUUUGGACCUUAAAAAUAGAAAAUUUGAAAAUUCAUUGUAACAUGUUAGGAGUUAAUUUAAUUGGGGAUACAGUAUAUACGGUAAGAAGACAGGAUAUGGCAGUAAAUCAGAUGAUCAGAUGCGCAGAGUAAAGCCAGCCUAUUAUUAUUGAAAGAAAUGAGAGAACUUUUUUUGAUACUUGUAUUACUUUGUGUUGAGUCCAGCAAAGCGGAAUAUUGUGCAAUUAAUCAAUUGCCGUUAGAGAAAUACGAACAAGAAUAUGACACUAGAUACCCAAAAAUACCUCUAAACAAGAACUUACCAUCGCCGCCAUUAUUCAAACAAGGCGAUUGUGGAAUGUCUAAAAACGACCAAUCGAAGCAGAUCGUCAACGGCAAAGAUGCUCCAGUGAAUGCCUGGCCCUGGCAAAUUUGGUUUAGCUCGAGUUUAGGAACCUGUGGAGGAUCUAUCAUACAUCGUGAAUGGAUAAUUACAGCUAGACACUGUGGUGAAGAUGAAGUCAAUGAUGUCUACUAUGGAAGCAACAGUCUUCAAAGGGCAAAUAGAACAAAGACCAAAACACGUUUUCGCGCACGUGGUAAUGGUAAUGAUAUGGCGCUUUACAAACUUUCUUCACCCUUAACGUUUUCAGAUUCCGUGCAGCCAAUUUGUUUUCCGGAGGGCAACGUUUGGGACGCCUCGCCUUGUUUUGUCACAGGUUGGGGUGACACGUCAUUUAGUGGCAGUGCCACUCCGGACAUUCUUCAGCAGUUGCGCAUCAGAAUAAUCAAUCAAGACAUGUGCCAGGCUGGUCACUCCUAUAAAGACCUCAGUUAUCGUGUAGGCCGUUAUUUCUGCGUGGAUAACGUGGAGUCAGCCAAUGGAAAAUACGCGGCAUCUUACAUUGGAGACUCUGGCGGACCCGUGAGCUGCUUAAAGAAUGGACGUUACUACCUGGUUGGUACUGUCGCCCAUUCAAUAAAAAUGGACGAAAAGGCAAUGAAAUUUUAUGUUUCUGUGCCAAGUAACGCUCAGUGGAAAGCUGACACUAUUAAUAAAAAUUCGUAGGUACAUUUUAAAGACUUUCGUGAAUGAUCGCUCUAAUACAGCCUGCUUAAUGAUGAGAUCACUCGUCUUUACCUGCAUGAUGAUGAUGUUACAUUUCCAUCCAUUUAUUCUACCAAAAAAUAAUUAAUUAAAAGCGAAAAUAAGUUAACCUUACCUUGAGACUAAUUAUUAAAGGUUUAUAUUGUACUUC